GGGACAACACAGUCGAAUUCCAGCUCUUUUGACAGCAGCAGCAGCACCAGCACCAGCACCAGCAGUAGUAGUUCAAAGUUGUUGGGGAAGGUAUCGCGUAUCGCCCGGCCAUCUACUAGGACCUAAAUACUCAUAGCCUCACGGUCCUGUCACACGUUUGGUGUCCGGUGUUGAGAGCACUCCAAGACACGAACCGAACUGUCCCGGGUCAGCCGAGUUUAGUGUGAAAGUGUGUCCAGGGCCAGUGUUUUGCAAACUGUUUCCAUUCGGUGGGGUGUGUGUGUGGGUAGUGCAGUGCAGUGAAAAAUUCAAUUUAUCAACCGUCACGCAGUGCCCAGAGCGGCGGCCAUUUCGCGUCUGUUACAAGUUGCCCGAACGCUUGACUCAGUGCUCAGGAAGCGAGAGUUUCCUUUCUUUACAUCACGUAUUCGUCUGUCACCGCGACGCGACGCCAGAGCACCACAACUGGACGUACCGGAACGAAAAAGGAUGCAGCGUGAUAAAUUGAACUGUCACAACACGAAAGGUAUGUCACACCUUUUGCCAUUUUCAGCAGUGGUGGACUUUUCUUCAACUGGUACCGCCCGCCACACAAGGAUAUGAGUUGUGAGCAUGUUGUGCAACUGUUUGUAUUUAUCACCUUUUCCAUCGUCAGGAAGUCAUUAACAACAAUCGGCAACAGAUGGUGAUCAGAUUAAUGAAGAACAGCGAGAGCUUCGUUCGGCGGUUGGUGUGCUUCGCUACUUGGUGACGCUCACAAAUGGCACUGACAUUCAAUCGACGCGAGCACGUUCCAGCAGGACAGCGAACGCAUUCAGGUGCCGGCGAUAGCAUCGUCCAUCACAUUCGACCACAUCCGUCUGCACAAUCAUAUCUCGAUGAGCGGUGGCUUCAAGCGGCCUUCACGCGUGCCACUGCUACGUAGUUAGGUAUAACAAAAAUAGCUUACCACCAGAGGGCGUACGCCCUGGGUCGCACGUUUUGCGUGUACUACUUGCCAUUACGCUACAUAGAUAGUUUAUAGUAAAAAAAAAAACGAUAAGAUAUAUCAAACACGCUGCAGCAUUCAUCUCGAGCAUUGAUGCAGACGCAUUACCGAGUGGUAAAGCAAAAGGAACCACAUUGUCGUCGGCUUACGGAUAUCCUACCAUUUGCAAGUAUGCUGCGAUCGUACAAACUGUAUCUGAUGCUGCUCGUUAGCUCGAUCUUCUUCAUCGUGUGCCAGAACCAGGGCUCUAUCACGAGCCUCGUCAGCAAUGCGGCGGCCGCAUCGUCCGGAGCCGUUGACGAUUUGCCGGAUGUGGUCGCUGCACCACUGCAAGGCAACGAUGGUCUGGAGCUGCUGUACGGGGACUCGGAGCCGGCACUUGGAGCAGAGAAGAUCCGUUCGAGGAGCCUCAACUCUAGGGAUAUGCUGCAGAAGCUAAACGAUCGCUCAUCGUCGACUUCGUCCGCCACGAGUACCUCAGCUACGACCACCACGAGCACCACUACGGCAAGGACAACAUCCACAACGACAACAGCGAACGUGGUACCGACAGCGCCGAGCACAAAUGGAAUACUAGCUGGAAGUUCUUCAGAUGUGCCGUAUCGAUUUCCGGUGGACACAAAGCAGCUGCCCCCGCUGUACAUCAUCACCCCGACGUACCGGCGGCCGGAACAGAUCCCGGAGCUUACCCGCCUCGGUUACACGCUGAAACACGUACAGAACGUCCUGUGGAUUGUGGUCGAGGACUCGGAGAACCGAACUGCCAGCGUUACCCGGCUGCUGGAGGAGAUCGGUGUGCCAUUUGUGCAGCUUGCCGCGCCUAUGCCCGCCCAGUAUCGCAAGCAAAAGGUCAAACCACGAGGUGUGUCCAAUCGAAACCGAGCGCUACAGUGGAUCAGGGCGAACGCGACAGAAGGAACCCUAUACUUUGCCGACGAUGACAACACGUACAAUCUGAAGCUAUUCGAACAGCUCCGUCACGUACGCAAGGUGGCCAUGUUUCCGGUGGGUCUAAUCUCUAAGUACCAGGUCAGCUCGCCGGUCGUAAAGAAUGGUACGAUAACGGGCUUCUACGACGGCUGGCUGGGCGGGCGCAAAUAUCCGCUCGAUAUGGCCGGGUUCGCGGUGUCGGUCAAGUUUCUCCACAAACGCCCCAAGGCUCAGAUGCCAUUUAAGCCCGGGUACGAGGAGGACGGUUUCCUGCGCAGCCUGGAGCCGCUCGAGCUGAAGGAAGUGGAGCUGCUAGCAUCGAACUGCACGGAGAUACUGACAUGGCACACGCAGGCAAGGAAAAAUCCUCCCGCACCGGCUCUGGAUCGCAAGAAGUACGGCGGCACGAACCUGGUACAGCUGACCAGCUGGCUCGUGUAGAAAGAGUGGAAUACGACCGGACAUUCGCUGAUGGUGCCGCGUUGGCUAAAGAAACUCUCCGUCUGGGUGUUUAGAGGAGAGGGCCCAUAAAGAGUUGCGUUUUUCCGCGUCGUAUAGGAAUCGAACCUUGGGAAGGCAUGGCCCUUCCUACGCAUGUGAAAUGGCUUUGUUUAUUUGCGAUAUCAAUUUUCCGAUCAAUGUAUUUGAACCCCAUUUCCGCGAUACAGUAACUGGUGCUCAGAGAGACGGCAUUUCGGACGGACGGUAGGUGCGAUUGGUACUUAACAUUUUGGAAGCAACCGUCAUCAGGCUCAGUGGCCAGACUAUUCCAUUAUAGAUGUACAUCAUUCCGCGCAAUGGUUCGCACCAGUUUUACGCGAACCGGACUGACAAGCUCGAACACACACACACAGAAUUGCAGUUUAUUCUUCACUUCAGCAACGAUCGACGAAGCUAUCUUCGCAUAUAAAUAUCAAGAAAUAAAGUACCAUUCUACUGAGAUUAAUGGUAGGUUAGGAUAUGCACCAAAGAAGUGGCCAAAACAGAUUGAUACCUUAAACACAUACCACACAAGCACACAGACAGAAGCAUAAGUUUAAGGGAGAGGAAAGUGAUGUUGUACAUAUUUAUUUCCAACAAAUUUACUGUCAGUAAUGUUUUAAAAGCAAAUUUGCGGUUCAAUGCUGUUCACAGCAUGGAAGAUACUGAAUCCUGAAUACUGAUUGAAAUGCUGUUCUGCAUUUGAUUUUGCAGGUUGGUUCAGUUUAAUUUCAAUAGGCGAUUGAUAUUGUAAACAUCACAAAAAAACCGGCCGAUAACCGUCGUGCUCCGAGCUCCCGUAUUAUCGUUAACAACUCUCGUAUACAUAGUGCGUACAGCUAUUCAAAAAACAAUAUACACUUACAUGCUACAUUCACCUUUCUCACUUAUAAACACUCAAAUCAUGGGACUCGUAAGAAUGCAAACCCCCAAUCCCCAAUGUCGCUCCCACAUGCUGGAGAAUAUUAGUCGUCCCCGAAGUGGUGGGGUCUUUUUUAGAUAGUAAAGUUUUUUAACAAAUUUCUAGUGAGUAGAUAACAUUUGUGAGCGUACCAGCCGAGUUGGAAUUGGUCACAGCCGAAAGGGGCAGCUGGACGGUAUGUCCAGUCCCUUGACAUACAUACGUUUGUACAUAUAGUGGUAACCGAGGUAUUCGUUUUUACUUCAGCCCUUUAGUUAACGUAGCUAAGUGAUCAGUAUAUUGUUGUAUUCAGGCUCUAUUUUUAAGUGGUAGUUUUUAACGUCCACGUACUAGUCCACCUUUUUAGGGCUGUCCGGUGUCCGGCUGGGCGCACAUGGGGACAGUCGAAUGUAAUGAGGAGCACACCGAUAUACAUUGCACACUUACCGAAAGUACCUUUUCCAACGAUAACAACAACUACAAAAGCAUGAUGCAAAACAAUCGAAGGUGACUCCUCGUGCUCCCCAAACAAGAACAUGUUCUCUCCACAACUUUAAACUAGGUGGAUGGGAAACGUACGCAAAUAAACAAAACAACAAAAACAAAAAAACGGAUGUUCAGGUUCCUUUUUCUCUUGUAACUUUUAAGCGAGCAUGUUUAACGUACACAAUAUCAAACAUUACUCAAACGUGUAUAACAACCCAAACCAAAAGAGCAUAAACUCUUUCGCGAACGAGCUUCUUCUGAUGUAACACUAGCUGUUUUACUGACUAUCUUAUCAAGUGUACCGUAGGAUAUCUAUCUCAGCGCAUCGUUUCGAGUUAGUCAUGAGCUUUCGUUGCGCGAGCAAUCUUUACGCCUACCAGUUCUCCCGUUCUAUUUGAAGCUUUCCACAAAGCUGGUUCGCUUUCGUUCCCAUAUCUCUCUGUGUGUUUAAUGCAGGCUAAUCUUUGAAUACGUUUGAUCGUUAAUUGCCGUUUUUCCAGCAGUAAACUUCCUCCAACAGAACCGUCUGGAGCAGCUGGAAAAACGUUUUAUCAAUUGUGAGUGUUAAAUAAACAGUAUAUUUGGACAGUGAAACGUUUGAAAAGGAAAAAGAACCGCCAUGUAAGGUGUAUUGCGGAAGGUUUGAAAGCAUUAGCAAUAAGAAUCUCGAACCACGAGUGGCAGGACGAGUGUGAGAUGUGAGGGGAGAGAAGAAAAAAAAAAACUUGUGAUCAUUAGCUGGGAGGGACAAAAGGAAAAAAAUGUGGAGAUGAAGCGAAAGCGGAUGUAGGUUAGCCGGGGCUAGGGCGAGCAAAUCAAUCGAGAAGCAUGUAAACAGCCUGGAAACCGCCAGAACAGUCCAGUAAUCAUCCAGAUAAGUGAUAAUCUACUAUUUGAUUCACAGAUGUGAGUUUUCAGGAGGAUUCAUGGGGGCGAAUCAAACAAAAUGAAACAAUAAACUUGACUUCUAUCUUACCGAUUUCAGGAA